AUGGCUUCGAAGACUGCUAGACCAAGCACAUCCACUGAUCUCGGUCGACUAUGGAGAGCCGCCGUAAGAGACUACAAAGAACGCACUGGAGAGGAUCUUGCGACUCUGGGCGUGAGAAACGUCGCCGACGUGAUGCGCCAAAUGAAUGCGGACAUGGUUGAGUUCAAGGGUUUUCGCGACGACGGCAGCAAGAAAGCAAACUUUCGAUCGGCUAUGGGUGAUCAUCUUGAUGGUCUUCAGACUUGUAUUGACGGAUUCGCUGCAGUUGGGGCCUGUGCCUUCGCAGGGGUUAGAGCAGAUUACGACAGUGUCGAGGAGUUCUUCGCAUACUCCGCCCGUUUCUUCCGACGACUUUCGCUUCUCGAGAACAAAGCGCAGUCCGAUGCGCUUGCAGUUGCAAUCGUCAGAGUCUUCUCAAUGCAGCUUUCGGUAUGUGCCAGGGUGAAGCAACUGAUAAAACACAAACGAUUCAAGCAAUGGCUCAAUGCAUUGUGGAACGAGGUCGAUCAAGAGCUCAUCGCGACCUAUGCCGGAAUGCAAGCCUCCAUACAGGAACUUAACGAAACCGUCAGUUUCGAAAUGUACGGCAAUCUGGCAACUGUCCAGCACGACGUGCUUGCCAACAAUGCAAAGCUAGACGAGCUCGAUGAAAGACUUCAGUCCUACCGUUCCAGCCUGGAGAAAGGCAUUCUGCAGGUCUACGAAAGCAUGAUCAAUCUGCAUCUUGUAAUCAACGAUGUACGAAACACACAGUUAGAAGACCACGCUUUGAUCUUGCAAAUCUUCAAAGUCACGGUGAAGACGAGCAAAGCGCCAGAGAUCGAGGAGAAGAAGAAGUCAUCCCAAAAGUCUAAAGGAGACAUCGCCGACCGGAAGUUCCAAGCCCUGCGUGAAUUGAAGAAGUUCUUCGCCAACAAGUACAAUACGUUUCCCUCAUGGCAAGACGCUCACCAGGAGAACUUGCUACAAGACAAAGAACUGCGCGAGUCAAAGGUGAACAAAACAGCGGGAUGGCUCCGUGAACACGAGAAGUUCAAGGACUGGGCACAUGGAAAACUACCUUUCCUCUGGCUACGAGGCGCCGAGGGGGUCGGGAAAUCAUUCCUAGCCUACUCGGCUGUUCAACAGCUGCGACUACACCAAAGUGAUCACGACUGCUUGGCCUACUUCUAUUUCAAGGAAGAGCAUCCCUAUCAACAGUCGAUGCAGAACGCGUUCGCUUCUGCUGCGCUACAAAUCGCCGGAUCGAACAACAGAUACGCCGAACAGGUGGCGGCUAAAAUCAAGCAGGAACCCAGUGAGUGUGCAGAUAUGUCGACCUGGGAGCGGUUCUUCCUCUCGAUGUUUCCGAGCGAUACCGAGACUGGUGGCCGCCUCUUCCUUGUCUUCGACGGCCUUGACGAGGCGCAUGUGCAAGAGGGCGGAAUCUUUACGCAGUUUCUAUCGGAUGUAAAGCAACGGAACGCCAGCGUCUCAGUCUUUGCGACGAGCAGGCCUGAAGACAAGCCCACAUUGCAAUUGCUCCAGCCUUCGAUCCUUGAGGUUACAAAACAUGAGAUCAGGCACGAUUCGAAGAUGUUGGUGAAGGACCGUCUACGCACACUACCGCGCCUGCGCAAGUUCACCCUACCUACCAAAUCAGCAAUUCGUCGCGAGGUAGUCCAGCACGCAGAUAGAAUGCUUUACGUUGAGCACAUGCUCAGGAGAUUCAACCACAUCGGUCGAGAAAGAGCUGUCUCGCAAGUAUUGAAGGACAUGCCUCAAAAUCUACACGGACUUUACGAUCUUCUUCUAGAAAAGUGCCGACAUGAUCGAUCAGAAGCGCAAUACCAGGCAAUGAAGAAGUUGUUCGCGUGGCUCGCGUUUUCAAAGCGAUCGCUUAGCCUGGGUGAAGCCUCGAGCCUGUGUCAACUCGCUCUCUCGGACGGCACAUUCGACAUCGAAGUAGAGAUCAUCGGCCGUUCUUCCCACGAGGACAAAGACGAGGACGAGGACGACGAGGUGGAAGAUGAUGGCGUUCCAGAGCUCGGCUACGGAGACCCCCCUCUUUGUUUCCAGGACCGGUCACUCCGGCAAUACUUCAAGAGCGUGAGCGUCGAAGACGAUGGUGUAACAGAAUUCCGGACGCCUGCCACUGCUGCACACCUAACCAUCCUUCAGAUGUGUGUAGCCGUCAUGAUGAAGGCCGCUCAAGAACCCUUCGAAGCGGUAAGUUCUGGGCUAACUUGCUACGCGAUCAACUAUUGGUAUGAGCAUCUCAAAGAGUUGGACGCAGAAACCGCGAGCCCCGAGGCUGUCCGCGAUGUCGUGACAUUGUUGCACUGCAUCACGGACAACACACACAACGUCGCCAGGCUGUUCGAAAAGCUAGCGCGACACCUGGAGAUCUAUCUUGAGCGCGCUGAAGACACCUCUACCGCGUGGUACGAGACUCUUUUCAGCUGGACAGCUAGAGUGUCCACAUUACCAGAUGGAUCCCUGGAUGAGAACGUGAAGCUUUGGACGCUCACAGUCGAUCGAGAUGAUGUUCUACUUCUGCUUGCUCACGGCCAUGUUCACAACUGGCUAGACGCAAGUGAUUCAUGGUGGAUACCUGAAAGGUUCAGAUUCGCCAAGGCCGCGCUGUCUCGUUCAAAUGCCUCUGAAGCCGACGAUUCCGAGCAAUUCGAGCCGCUCGAUUACAUGAACGCUAUCAUCACGCGAUAUGAUAUGCCACCCGCGGACUACAAGACUCUUCGAGCGAUUGGGGGCACUUUGUCCGACUACGGAACGACAUUCUACGACGAUCGCAGAGAAGCUCUGCUUACAGAAGGUACUGUGCAUUUGAAAAGAGCUGUGGAGUGUCUGGAAGGAGAUGUUCAUGAGAACAUCGCGACAAUGCGCUUGCUGGCAUCAGCAUACAGGCGAUGCGACCAGAUGCUCGACGCAAUCAAGUACUAUGACGACGCCUACAACAUGGUGCCGCAGAACGAUGCGGAUGGAUCUACCGAAGAAGAGAUUGAGAAGACCAGGUUGAUACGUAUCGGUAUCAUGAUGGAGAAGGCUUCCGCCUAUUCUGCCAUGGGCCAGGUCGAUGAAGCUUUUCACGCAUACAAUGAAGCACGGAGACUGCAGGGUGAGAAGCCACUAGCUGGUACAAUUCUGGACGACAUAACGCGACUGUUCCAGAACGACGACGAGACGGAUAGUCGUAGGCUGAUGGAAAUCCUCAAGAGCUGGACCGAGAAGGAGCGGAACAGUUUCUUUACGUACAAUUUCGAGGAUUACGUGUUUGAGCGCACGGUGAAGCGCAUGCAAAAGGCAGCAUUGCUUUGUAACGACGCGGAUCUACUCAUUGGGUGGCUAAGGAGCUUAGCCAACAUUUUUCCGCCGGAAAGCCUACAACUGUUCAACAUUCGAGGCGCGAUCGCAGACAUGUAUUACCCAAUGUUGGUCGACAUUGAAAACGGCAAGAGACUACGCCAGGAGCUCCUGGAUUUGCCAACAAAGCCCAGCCUAGCCUAUGAAGACUCUAUGAAUGAGGCGAGAACGCGUCACCGGAUGGAUGUUGCAGACAUCCUGUUUUGUGAGUUCCAGAUGACUGAUGAACCAACAAAGAAAGAGGCGAUCAUGGACACAUUAAGGGAUCUGCCGAGCGCCCACGAUAACGACGACGACAGCAACAACGUUCGCGAAUCUCAUGUCGACAUGCUCCGCGCAAACAUGCUUCGGAUCAUGGGCCCUGCGAAAGAGUACGAGAGAUACAUGAAGGAGCUGUUCAAGAAAUGUGUCGCUGGCCUCGAAGACAGCAUCUCGUGGAACGACCAGUCGAGCCUGCGAUUACUGGCUAAAGUCCUGGCGUCUUUGGACAGCCUGGAGGCUGAUGCAAGAAUCGCGAUCAGCGCCCAGUUCUCGAUCCUUGAUCUUGCGAUUUAUGGACGUAAUCUCGAGCCGGAAGAGUCCGAGACAUCCUCCAACGAGAGCGACACGGAAGCUGAUGCAGAAGAAGAGCCAAUGAAUGAGGAAAGCGAACCGCUAAACGAAAGCGACGUUGUUCGGAACGAUUCCCUAACGAAUGAAGCUCAUGAUGUUGAAAGCAAGGAUCUCCCGGAAGAGCCGAUUGAGGAGAAGCAGGAUCCUACAGAGCCGGGAGAACAGGAUGUGGCUGAAACGGAAUCCAAGGACGGAACGGAGUCUGACGCCAGAGCAGAACCCGACAAGCUGGACGAAGACGUUUUUCUAGCUGGAGGCCUUGACUGCGAUGGGCCUUGUGAAACCAGCAUCACAUCGUGGACCCAGCCAAUCUACUACUGCCUCAUCUGUCCAAACUGUGAUCUGUGCGAAGAUUGCCACUCCAAGCGCGUCCAGCAAACCAAGAGGGUCCAACCAACGGAGGACAAGACCGAAGAGCCGUGGCUCAGCUUUUGCGGCGCGAACCAUCGCUACAUCAAGGGACCGAUGAAGGGUUGGAAGGGCGUCAAGAAUGGCGUUAUCCGGUAUGCGGAUACGGAGAUCACCGUGACGGAAUGGCUUCGGGGGCUCAAGGACGAGCGUUGGCCGAAGGCUUGGAAGAUCUUUUGGACGAGGCAGGGAGGGUUAAAGGAUAUCGGGGUUGAAGAUUAA